AUGUCCUCCAAUAAGCCGCUUACUAUCGCCAUUGGUUGCGACGACGCCGGUUGUGGCUACAAGAACAAGAUCAAGGAAGACUUCGAGAAUGACCCUCGCGUCGAGAAGGUCAUCGAUGUCGGCGUCAACAGCAGCGAAGACAAGACUGCAUAUCCACACCCUGCCGUUGACGCUUCAAAGCUCGUGGCAGAAGGCAAGGCCGAUCGCGCACUCCUGAUCUGCGGAACUGGUCUCGGUGUCGCAAUCUCGGCGAACAAAGUCCCUGGUAUUCGUGCCGUCACCGCCCAUGACAGCUUCUCGGUUGAGAGAGCUGUCUUGAGUAACAAUGCACAAGUCUUGUGUAUGGGAGAGAGAGUCGUCGGUGUCGAGGUCGCAAGGAGACUGGCCAAGGAGUGGCUGGGUUACAAGUUUGAUGAGAAGAGUGCAAGUGCAAAGAAGGUCGAUGCUAUCAUGGAGCACGAGAGGAAGAACUAUCAGGAUGUGCAACAUGUUGAGAACAUUGCUCUUGCAAAAGCCGCCUGA